AGUUAAACGUAGCACACCGAAUUUUUUUUAGGAUUUUUGUUUAUUUUCUUUUUUACAAACCACAAAAAAACACGCACGGUGUAAAUUCGACCAAAGUGAAUUAUUUUCAAACAGAGUUUAAUUUCUGGUUUUAGGUAUUUGGCCAAAUUGCAGUGCUAAUUGUUAAAUCGAAUAGAACAAAAUGUCCAGGGCAAGAGCCAGUUGCAUGAGUCGCUCCAUGCUGAGCGUGUUGCGGCACCGGCAAUUGUGUGGCGCCGCCACAAGCGGCGUGCAGCAGCUGCAGGUGCGCCACAAGUGCGAGCUGAAUGGCAUUGUGGUGGGCGUGUAUCUCAAGGAGGGCGAGAAGGAGCCGCAGCUGACGCCCAAUGGCGAGAAGUUCGAUGAUCGCGUGGGCGGCAAGAUUUCCGAGCUGGUGCGUGAAACGGGCAUCGAUGGCAAACUGGGCAUGGGCAAACUGUUUAGCAAUCUUGACAAGGAGUUCUCCCAUGUGGCCGUCAUAGGCGUGGGCAAGGAGGGCGCCGGCUACAACGAGGAGGAAGUGCUGGACGAGGGCAUGGAGAAUGCGCGCGUGGCCGCAGCCGCCGGCGCGCGUUAUCUGCAAUACCAGGGUGCGCAGAAUGUGCAUGUGGACAGCAUGGAGUAUCCGGAGCAGGCGGCCGAGGGUGCGGCCAUGGCCGUGUGGCGUUAUAAUGCCAACAAGCGCAAGCAGAAUCGCAUGCAGGUUCCCAAGCUGCAUAUGUAUGGAUCCAGCGAUGUGGAUGCCUGGACGCGUGGACUGUUCAAGGCGGAGUCGCAGAAUCUGGCGCGUCGUCUGGCCGAUACGCCGGCCAAUCAAAUGACGCCCUCGAUCUUUGCGCAGGCCACCAUUGAUGCGCUCUGCCCUUGCGGCGUCUCCGUCGAGGUGCGCACCAUGGACUGGAUCGAGGCGCAGAGCUUAAACUCGUUUCUCAUGAUUGCCAAGGGCAGCUGCGAGCCGCCAAUUGUGCUGGAGGUAACCUAUUGCGGCAGCUCGCCGGAGGACAAGCCACUGCUGCUGCUCGGCCAGGGUCUGACCUUCAACAGCGGCGGGCUCUGCUUGAAGAAAAAGAAAGGCAUGGACGAGAGUCGUGGCGCCUGCAGCGGCGCUGCUGUCUGCGUGGCCACCAUACGCGCCGCCGCCGCCUUGUCGCUGCCCAUCAAUGUGUCGGCGGUGCUGCCGCUUUGCGAGAACAUGCCAUCGGGCAUGGCUGUGAAGCCGGGAGAUCUGGUGACGCUGCUCAAUGGCAAAACCUUUUGCAUACGCAACUCGGCGCUCGCUGGCGUCGUGACUAUGGCCGAUCCCUUGCUCUAUGCCCAGGCUACAUUCAAGCCCAAGCUGGUGGUGGAUGUCGCCACGCUGGCGCAUGGCGUGAGGUAUGGUCUGGGUGCGUCCUCCUCGGGUCUCUGGACCAACAGCCCCUUCCUCUGGAAACAGUUCCGCAAGGCGGGCUCGCUUAGCGGCGAUCGCGUCUGGCGCAUGCCGCUUUGGAAAUACUUCAAGGCCCUGGUGCAGCCCAAUCCCACCUACGAUCUGUGCAAUCUGGGCAUCGGACCCGCCUCCUCUUGCCUUGCAGCCGCCAUGCUGCAUACUCUGGUGCCUUGCUUGGAUUGGGUGCAUCUGGAUACGCGCGGCACUGGCCUGCUGGCCAAGCAUGGCGUUCCCCCGUAUCUGCUCAGGGAUCGCAUGACGGGACGACCCACUCGCACUCUCAUUCAGUUCCUCUACCAGAUGGCCUGCAAGUAGCAAGGCGCAUUUUAGUUGAGAACUUUGAUAUUGAUUAGAUUUUUCGUGCUUGUCACUCGUGUUUGUGUUUUCAAAUUCCCUGUAAGUGUGUCCCGAUUAUAGAUUAUAGACGAAUUAGCAUGUGAAUUAUAUGUGAAAUAAAUUUUCCCAUUUUUUGUUAUUGAAUA